AUGGAGUUUUGUCCAACGUGCGGGAGCAUGCUGUUGAUUGAACUACCGAAUAUGGGUCACGCCACUAGGUUUUAUUGCACCACUUGCCCGUAUGUUUGUCCAAUCGAAAGAGGGGUUAAGAUUAAGAGAAAGCAGAUUUUGGUUCGGAAAGGGAUUGAUCCUGUUAUCUCCUCUGAUGACAUAAAGAAUGCACCCACUACUGAAGUACCAUGCCCAAUUUGCCGCCAUGAUAAAGCUGCUUAUAAGGAGAUUCAGACUAGAUCAGCUGAUGAGCCUGCAACAUUAUUUUUCAAAUGUUUGAAUAUGAAGUGUGGCCACAAUUGGAGAGAGGGUUGA